AUGACGCGCGGAGGCCGGCAGAGGAGCCUCCACUUCCUGGAACCCUCGGCCGGGGCCGCUGGCUGCAGUCAGUGGCGGAUCCCGGAGCCCGCGGCUGCCGCCAUGUCCCACCAGACCGGCAUCCAAGCUAGUGAAGAUGUUAAAGAUAUCUUUGCCAGAGCAAGAAAUGGAAAAUACAGACUUCUGAAAAUAUCUAUUGAAAAUGAGCAACUUGUGAUUGGGUCAUGUAGUCAACCUUCAGAUUCCUGGGAUAAGGAUUAUGAUUCCUUUGUUCUACCCCUCCUGGAGGACAAACAACCAUGCUAUAUAUUAUUCAGAUUAGAUUCCCAGAAUGCCCAGGGAUAUGAAUGGAUAUUCAUUGCAUGGUCUCCAGAUCAUUCUCAUGUUCGUCAGAAAAUGUUGUAUGCAGCAACAAGAGCAACUCUAAAGAAGGAGUUUGGAGGUGGCCACAUUAAAGAUGAAGUAUUUGGAACAGUAAAGGAAGAUGUAUCAUUACAUGGAUAUAAAAAAUAUUUGCUAUCACAAUCUUCCCCUGCCCCGUUGACUGCAGCAGAGGAAGAAUUACGACAAAUUAAAAUUAAUGAGGUACAAACUGAUGUGAGUGUGGACACUAAGCAUCAAACACUACAAGGGGUAGCAUUUCCUAUUUCUCAGGAAGCUUUUCAGGCUUUGGAAAAAUUGAAUAACAGACAGCUCAACUAUGUGCAGUUGGAAAUAGAUAUAAAAAAUGAAAUUAUAAUUUUGGCCAACACAACAAAUACAGAACUAAAAGAUUUGCCAAAGAGGAUUCCCAGAGAUUCAGCACGUUAUCACUUCUUUCUGUAUAAACAUUCCCAUGAAGGAGACUAUUUGGAGUCCAUAGUUUUUAUUUAUUCAAUGCCUGGAUAUACAUGUAGUAUAAGAGAACGGAUGUUGUAUUCUAGCUGCAAGAGCCCUCUGCUAGAAAUUGUAGAACGACAACUACAAAUGGAUGUAAUUGGAAAGAUUGAGAUAGAUAAUGGGGAUGAAUUGACUGCAGACUUCCUUUAUGAAGAAGUACACCCCAAGCAACAUGCUCAUAAGCAAAGUUUUGCGAAACCAAAAGGUCCUGCAGGAAAAAGAGGAAUUCGAAGACUAAUUCGCGGUCCAGCUGAAACUGAAGCAACUACUGAUUGAAAUCAUUAUAUUAAACAUUACUAGUUUUAUAAAAGUCUAGCUUUUAGUACAGGAUACCUGAAAUCAUUCCAUGUUGAUAUA